AUGAAGGUUUAUUGUGAUGUGGACUCCAAGAACAAGGGUUGGUUAGUUAUUCAGAGGAGAAUGAACGGGUCAGAAGAUUUCAAUCGCAGUUGGGCCGAUUACAAAGCUGGCUUCGGUAAUGUAAAAGGCGACUUCUGGUUGGGCAAUGAGUUUAUCUACCAGCUGACUAAGGAAAAACCUAGGGAGCUGAGGAUUGAUAUUGAGGCGUUCGAUGGACUAAAGAGAUAUGCAUUGUAUUCUGCAUUCAGUAUUUUAUCUGAGUCUCGGAAGUAUAAUCUCUAUGUGGCCGGAUACAAUGGUGACGCAGGAGACAGUUUAGAACGUGAUCAUAAUAAUCAUAAUAAUCAGCCGUUUUCAACUUUCGAUGUCGAUAAUGACCGAUCGUCGACAACAUGCUGUGCUUGCAAAUACGAAGGAGACAUCUCUGAUGAGCAAUCGUCCUCCUCUAAGAAAGGCACAGAUGAUGACGUCGAUGAUGACAUCACGGAGGUUCUGCCCAUUGAUCGCGAGGAGAGUGACGAUGAUGACGCACUUCCUGUGUUCCUAUGA